AGUUCUCUCUAUGUGGUCUGAUGGCUAGGACAGAUUCAAGAUUAAUCACUAUAACUAUAACUACUGUUUUGGUGGUCCCUGCAAAAACAAAAUUUAUUCACAUAUCAGGCUGAGAUAGUAACACCUGAGUAAUAAGUGCUGAAUGAUAAUUUGGCAUCACCUGCUCUGGCAGCUUGGACUGCAACCAAAAUGGAAACUACAUAAGAUAAGUCUUCAAUUGAAAUUUAUUUUUAUAUUGUUUUUUUAUAUAUUUAUUUCCACUCUGCCCCACCCCUCUUUUUUCAAUUUAAUGCAUUUGUCAGCUGACAAGUUUGCACAAAAUGCAGGAGCUUCAAGUAAGAUAUCAUUUGUCAUAAAAUCAAAUAGCUUGAGGAAAUCGGCAAAGGAGAAGGGAAAGCAGUUUUGUUUAACCAUUGGUCCAUCUGUCUGUUUGCAGUCUACAAGACUGACAUCUAGCAGAAUUUAGUAACAACAUUUUCCCUGUAUUGUAAAUUAAAAUGCACCUGAAAAAUCCUGGAAAAACAUUUUUCACUGUAUGAACCCCAAUUUUUGUAUUACUUUUAUAUGGCAGUUUUCUCCUAAAUAUUUUUGCAAUCAUACCAUUUACAGUUUUUAAUGACAUUUUCCAUAUAAAAACUUUUAUGCAGUCACUGGAUAAUAUAAUUUAAAUUGCAGGGGAAAAUUCUAAUAAAUUCUGCUUUUUUGUCAUACAACAGUUCAUAAAGGACUGUUUAAAAUUUGGCAAUUUUAGAACUUUUUUUGCUCAAAAGAAGUACCUAUCAAAUUACUACAUUUUGGCUGUCUGACCUAUUAUAUAAACUCUAAAGAUAUCAUAUUGACUGUUACUUGAAUUUAAUUUUCCUUAGAAUAUAUGGUCAAAUGACUUGUUUUUGGCGACUUUUAUGAAAAUAUUUGUCUUUGGUAUGAUUUUGUGGGAGUGUUAUUUAUGACCAAGAAUAGAAAUGCACUGUUUUCUUGCAAUUUACUUUAGAGACUUGUCCAUUGUAUUCUGAUUUUUGCUCGUUACACAUGCUGCUUCCAAACUAUGGCAUUUGCAUGUGAUGUGUAUUCAAUAGUUAUGCCCAUUACAAUCUGGCUUUUACUGUUGUCCUUCAUAAUAGUCCAGUGAUUUUGAGCUUCGUUGAACCUAUACCUUCUACAGGUUUAAAUAAACAAGCUGUACUAGAAUCAGCAUCAGAUUUACAGCACGUGUUCGGGAAUCAGGUUAAGAAGAUUCAUAGGGCACCAGCUUCUUUCUUGAUUUUCUCUCUUAGAAGACCACCAUGAGGUUUGAGGACAUUAUUCCAUACCUGGGUGACUUUGGGAAGUUUCAGAAGAUACAGCUUUUUCUGCUAUGCUUGCCAAUAUGGGUGACUGGCAUGCACGCAUUGGCCAUGACUUUCCUUGCUGCCAGCCAGGAGUAUAGGUGUUUUGUCCCAGGUUGGGAUGAUUAUUCCAACAAAACUGGUUCCCUCAACUACUCCUUGAUAUUUCCUACUGGUGAAGAUGGGCAGUAUGACCGCUGUAAUAUCUAUGCUGUCAACGUGACCAGAGGGGUGUGGUAUACAAUACCAGACAAUACCACUGCCACGGAGCAGUGUAACCAAUGGGUCUAUGACACGUCACAGUACAAGACGUCUGUUUUCUCUCAGUUUAAUAUGGUUUGCAGCCGUAAAUUCAUGAACAACUUGGCCCAGUCCAUGUACAUGGCAGGGAUGUUGGUUGGAGCAGUGGUGUUUGGGGAUCUCUCUGAUAGAUUCGGUCGCAAGCGUCUAAUGUUCAUUAGCCAAAUCAUUCAGGUAAUGAGUGGUAUUGGACUGGCUUUUGCUCCCGAGUACAUUACCUUCACUAUUCUACGCUUCAUGCUGGGGGCUGCUCACUCUGGAGUCUUCUUGCCUGCAUUUGUCAUUGGCAUGGAGUUUGUCACCCCCAAAGGAAGAACAAUGGCUGGAAUCUGUCCACACAUUGCAUUUGCCAUUGGUUAUUGUACUUUAGCAUUAUCUGCAUACCUAAUUCCUUAUUGGAAUUGGGUGGCUUUUGUUAUUGCCGUUCCAGAUCUCUUAUUUCUAAUAUAUUACUGGGACAAAAUCAUCCCAGGGUCGGCAAGGUGGCAUCUGCAGAAUGGCCAUAAGGAGAAAUCUAAGGACAUCAUAAAGAGGGCCGCCAAAGUGAACAACAAACAAAUACCAGCCAAAGUUCUGGAUGAGCUGGAGCCCGAUGUGAAGCACAAUGCACACGUGUUAGCCAUGAUGCGCUAUCCUAGGAUGAGAGUUCGUGGGUUCAUCAUCUUUUACAAUUGGUUCACAGUGAGUUUAGUGUACUAUGGGUUAUCACUUAGUACCUCAAAACUUCCGGGAGGCAAUGACUACCUGAACCUGUCUCUGUCUGGUAUUGUGGAAUUCCCUGGCUUCCUCUUCUGCAUCCUCCUUAUGGACAGACUUGGGCGGCGGCCAUGUUUGUGUAUGAGUAUGAUCUUUUGUGGAGUAGCCUGCAUUGGGGCUGGUGUGAUUCCUAUUCUUUCUCCUGGUGGAGGACUAGACUGGCUAGUCAUCACUUUGUCCAUGAUUGGUAAGGCGUUCACAGGUUCCGCCUUUGUCCUUGUGUACAACUACUCAGCCGAAGCAUUCCCGACUGUGAUAAGGAAUGGAGUAGUGGGUGUCAGCUCCAUGUUUGCCAGGGUGGGAGGAAUUCUUGCUCCUCUAGUGAACUUAAUGGGUGACUACACUCAUUCGAGUGUCCCACAGAUUAUCUUUGGCAUCAUUCCACUGAUUGCUGGGGGUCUGGCCCUGUUGCUCCCAGAGACUAACAAUGUACCUAUGCCAGAAAACCUGGAGCAGGGAGAGCAGUUUGGACUGCCAGGCUUCUAUGAUGUCAAGAGAAUGAGCAUGUCCUUGAAGGAGGCAGAGGGGGACUCUCAAACAUCUGACGAAAAUUCUGAUUUGUCUGACCAGGGCCCAAGGAAGGUGACCAACAUUUCUGAUGACAACUCUGAUACCACUUUGGAACCCAUGCUUGGCACUACCACUGAAAUUUAGAGUGUUUUAUUUAUACAUUGUCCUAGUAUUUUUAUGUACAAGGUUUGGUAAGAAAUAAUUGCCCCUAGAAUCAGGAUGUGUAGAUGUACUACUUAAUUGCAUAUUUUUCCCUUGGGAUAUCUUGGUAUAUGAAUGUUUUAUACAAUGUUCAUUUUGAACCCGCCUGCUGCUUUUUGGAACAGGUGCACAUUAGAUAGCAUAUCAGCCACUCAUAUUUUGGCUGUUUUUGGGCUCUUUUGGUAACAAUCAGGCUUUUUUAUGUAUAUGUAUAUGAAUAUAAAUAUACCACUUACUAAUGCUUAAUUAGAAUGUGACAAAACAUUUAUGUCAAUACUAAACAACCAAAAUUUAUGUUUUGAUGCUUGUUUUAAGAGCUAGAGCUGAAAUGGUUAUGUAUGUGGAAGGACUACUUACUGCUGUUACUGAUUUGUUUACUGUACGAGUUACUUGUUUGCUCAAGUUAAACACCAUUUGUACUGAUGAGCCCAGGGAGGUGACUUAGUGUGAUACUGGCUGUAUUAUAGUGCUGAGGAUGUGUUCUCAUGAAGGAAGCUCUGUAUUAAUGCUUACACCUUUAACUAACCAUAUGCUUCAUAAGCUGCUUGCCUUGAUAAGCCUUGCUUGAUUGCAAGUAAUACUGACAACUUUCAAAAGACGCAUUUUCCCAAAAACUGUAGAUUCCUGGUUGAGGGUCACUUAUAUUCUGAAACUGGAAUUUAGACUAUUUAAUAAAAAAGCUUGUCUUUACAGCGUGGCAGUAGAAUUUUCUUCAUCACCAACGUGUAGACUUGUUGGAUUAAGGAAAUGGACUCCCACCCACUCAGGGAAUGUUGUUUAUGUUACCUUGAAUCAAGAGAAGUUGCAGACUAUGACACCCGGUCAAUAGAUUUACAAAAGUUGAUUUAAUUAUACACACUGUAACAUGCUGAUUAUGUCGAUGUUUGCUGAAUUAUGAAUGCUAAGUCACUGUUGUAUGAAUAAAUCUCUGCUGGCUGGAAGAAUGCUUAUAUGUUACAACUGUUACCAGUGUUUGAAUACAGCAUAGAACUGGACACAUAGUAAUGUGGGACAUUCCAGUCAUGAAGUUUUUUUUGCCAUGAAAAAGGGAGAUGGCUUUUAAUUCAACAUUUUCAAUGUCAACAUGAUUAAAAAGUGUGUACAUUGGAUGAAAUGUAUCUUUACUAUUAGCAAUCUAUACUGCCAUGAGGGUAGCUAUCUUAAAACUUUCUUAUAAUAUGCCAUUAUAUGCAGUUGGGCUAAAUAAGGGGCACUUUUAUAAUUAUGGAAUUUUUCAUGUUAAAUUUUAAAGGUCACAUUCAAUUAAAUGCAUUUGGAACCCACCAGGUCUUUUUGUGUUGAAGACCAAUGCUAUUAUGAUUGUCAUUUCCUCAUAUAACAUGUUAAGUGCUUUUGAUAAGCUAUAGUAAUUAUAUAAUAGUUAUAUAAAUUGUAAAACAUUGUGUUUUAUGCUAGAGCCACGUCAUCAACUUAAACAAUAGAAAAAAAAAUGCUUCACAAAAUCUUGUAAACCAGUGUCAAAAAUCUGACAAGAAAUAAAAUUACUUGCCAGGGAAGGAAACAGCAUUAUGUAGUGGCAAGAAGGACAGUAUUAAUGAAGUUACAUUGGAAACCCCAACUCGCUGUAACAUACUGAUAAUUAGAAAUAUUUGUCUGUUAAUGAUUCCUUAAAUAAUUUUGUGUCCAAUUAAAAAAAUCAGGUUGCUGUUGUGUUCAGUAGCGUAGAAGUUCAUUUAAGGUAUUUUGAAGGAUUCAUUAUCAAUGGCUUUUACACCAAUAGAAUGUAAACUUGUACAUAUUUUUCUCUAGCAAGAAGUUGACAUGUAUACAUAUUAACCACAUUUACUGUCACAAUACACCUUUCAUCUCAGUAAAGAAAGUACAGAGGUAGUGGAUUUUAGCCAUAGAUUUUGUCUGUAGGUUGGUCUUAGAUGCACCUGCCACCUCCAGAGUAAUGUUUCUAAUCUGAAAUGGGGAUUCAAAGGAAUACUGGAGCUAUGUGGCAUUGCUAGUAUGUAAACUUUUCUGUGCACUGCCUUGCUAAUAUUGUAUUCUUUAGUCAUCAUUCUGCCAAGUAAUAAAUAGCAUUAACUAACUUACGCCAUGUACUACAAAAAUUGUAAUUUAACUUUUUUUUUUCCUUUGGGGAGGGGGGAGUGUAUGCUGAUAAGCUACUGAUGGUCAAAUAUUUGGUGCGCUGAAGGCCAGUGCUUUCUAAGCCUGGAGUGUGUUGAAAUCAAGGCAUGACUAAGCGAGGGGUUAAUCCUCAAGACAGCUUGUAUUACUAUUAGUGUUACUUUUUAACUGUGUGUAUGGUGUGAUUUAACAUUUCAUGUUAUGUGCACUACAGUAUUUUAUGUGUCUUAGGUGUAAAUGCAGUUAUUUUGCAAAUUAUUAUUUAGUCGGUAUAUUUAGAGAAGAAUACCUAUCCAUAUUACAUUCUUAUUUGGGUCAUGGGUUCAAAACAGACUAUUCUUUCCCAAAACUGUUUUUCACAUGUUACAAAAUUAUAGAUGAGCUAACGUGCAAAAAUGUCAAAAGAAGUCAUUUUAAAAGGCAGCGAUCAUACAAGGCACAACUCAUUGAAAAGCUGUGAUUAUCAAUAUUCUGAAAAUUUGUUAAUUCUAUGCAGAAGUGUUUACUUUUUUUAUAGGAAACUAAAUGAGCAGAUUUGACAUUUGAGUAGUAUUGUAGGUUACUGGACCUUUAGGUCCAAUAACCUAUUGCCAUGUCUUUUGUCCGUUUGUCUGUCUAUCCGUUAGCAAUAACAUCUUGGAAUUACACCACAACUUUUUUCUAUUGUAUAUUUUUCUGCAGCCUAAUAGCUCUGGACUUUUUUCCACAGAUUUCUUUUUUUUUUU